AUGGCAACCCCAGGGCUAGUUUCUGCGAGCUGUUCAGAUUGGUUCCAGAUGGUGUGUGUGUGUGUGAGUGUUUUUAGUGUCAGUGAUAUGUAGAUAAUAUGCAGACAGUAGAUGUGUGAGAUGAGACGGCUCUGUCGUAGCCGGCCGCGACCGGGAGACCCAUGGGGCGGCGCACAAUUGGCCCAGCGUUGUCCAGGGUAGGGGAGGGAAUGUAGCUCAGUUGGUAGAGCAUGGCGUUUGCAACGCCAGGGUUGUGAGUUCGAUUCCCACGGGGGGCCAGUAUGAAAAAUAAAAAAAUUAUGUAUGCGCUAACUGUAAGUCGCUCUGGAUAAGAGCGUCUGCUAAAUGACUAAAAUGUAGAUGAUGACACUGUCACUCCCUGUCAUUGUGGUCCAUUUGAGGCACAUUACAGACUCUGUGAUAGGGAAUUGGCUCAAUGAGAUGAGUAGAGCCAUGUUCUCUUAUUAAGGCGAAUCCACUACAGGCCUCGAAGGAAAAGGGUGUGUGCGUGCAUGCGGAGGUCAACUCCUACAGUUAGUUCAAAGCACAUGAACACACACACACACACACACACACAUACACACACUAAAAAUCCAGAAUUGUAUAAUUGAUAUCCUAUUGUCAAAGAAACAACCCAGUGUAGGUGUGUGUGUAUUCUCGCUGACGGUGUGUGUUUCUCUGUUUCAGGUUUUCUGCUGUUCAAGGAUUUCUGUUUGACUGAAAUCGACGAGGCCGUACCACAGCUCAAGUUCUACGAAGAGGUAAGAAACAUACUCUACAUGACCAAAAGUAUGUGGACACCUGCUCGUCGAACAUCUCAUUCCAAUAUCAUGGGCAUUAAUAUGGAGUUGGUCCUCCCUUUGCGGCUUUAUCAGCCUCCACUCUUCUGGGAAGGCUUUCCACUAGAUGUUGGAACAUUGCUGCGGGGACUUGCUUCCAUUCAGCCACGAGCAUUAGUGAGGUCGGGCACUGAUUUGGGCGAUUAGGCCUGGCUCGCAGUCAGCGUUCCAAUUCAUCCCAAAGGUGUUCGAUGGGGUUGAGGUCAGAGCACUGUGCAGGCCAGUUGCGUUCUUCCACACCGAUCUCGACAAACAUUUUUGUAUGGACCUCGCUUUGUGCACGGGGACAUUGUCAUGCUGAAACAGGAACGGGCCUUCCCCAAACUGCUGCCACAAAGUUGAAAGCACAGAAUUGUCUAGAAUCUCAUUGUAUGCUGUAGCGUUAAGAUUUCCCUUCACUGGAACUAAGGGGCCUUGCCCGAACCAUGAAAAACAGCCCCAGACCAUUAUUCCUCCUCCACCAAACGUUACAGUUGGCACUAUGCAUUUGGGCAGGUAGCGUUCCCCUGGCAUCCGCCAAACCCAGAUUUGUCUGCUGGACUGCCAUAUGGUGAAGCGUGAUUCAUCACUCCAGAGAACGCAUUUCCACUGCUCGAGAGUCCAAUGGCGGCUAGCUAUACACCACUCCAGCCGACGCUUGGCAUUGCGCAUGGUGGUCUUACGCUUGUGUGCGGCUGCUCUGCCAUGGAAACCCAUUUCAUGAAGCUCCCGAUGAACAGUUAUUGUGCUGACGUUGCUUGCAGAGGGAGUUUGGAACUCGGUAGUGAGUGUUGCAACAGAGGAGUGACGAUUUUUACGCACUUAAGCACUCUGCGGUCCUGUUCUGUGAGCUUGUGUGGCCUACCACUUCGUGGCUGAGCCGUUAAUGCUCUUUUGAUGUUUCCACUUCACAGUAACAGCACUUACAGUUGACCGGGGCAGCUCUAGCAGGGCAGAAAUUUGACGCACUGACUUGUUGGGAAGGUGGCAUCCUAUGACGGUGCCACGUUGAAAGUCACUGAGCUCUUCAGUAAGGCCAUUCUACUGCCAAUGUUUGUCUAUGGAGAUUGCAUGGCUGUGUGCUCGAUUUUAUACACCUGUCAGCAACGGGUGUGGCUGAAAUAGCCGAAUCCACUAAUUUGUGUCCACAUACUUUUGUACAUAGUGUCUAUCGUUCAAUCUGUCUGCCUCUACUCUCGCUCCUCGCUCUCUCUCACACACUCACUCACUCACGCUGGUCAGAGAGCAGGAGUCUAGUGUGUGUCUGUUGGAUUUGUGGGCGUGUGAGACAUUUGAGAUUAGGCUAAUUCCAUGGUGUGUUUCAGAGGAAGUGUGUGUGUGUGUGUGUGUUAACCCCCUGUGUGUGUCAGAUUAAGGACUAUGAGAAGUUGGACUCUGAAGAGGAAAGGUUGUGCCGUAGCAGACAGAUCUAUGACGGAUACAUCAUGAAGGAACUCCUCUCCUGCUCACAUGUAAGGACACGUUGUCAACAUGGGACAUACACCAACACAGUGUAACAAACUCGCCUAACACUGUCAAACCCACGUCACCCUGAAAUGUGUUAUGUUCCUCUCAGGGAGGAAGUUUACAUGAAUACACACAAUGGAAAACCCCAACUGAACUAAAACAGUUUACAUGCCAAACUGCACUGGGAAUUAGUCAUUUAUUGUCACACCGCUAUAUUUGUUUCAUGACCCUCCUCUUUCUCUCCCUCUCCUCCACCCCCCAUACUCUUGUUGAUUCUCCCUUUCCCUCUGUUUUUCUCUCUCUCAGCCCUUCUCUAAGAAAGCAGUGGAUCACGUUCAGACUCACCUGGCCAAGAAGCAGGUGCCCCCCUCUCUCUUCCAGGUGAGGAACACAUUAACUAACUAACUCCCGUUUGUGUGUCUGUGCAGCCCCAUAUCAGGGAUGCAAACUUUUCAGCAAUAUUUGCCGUUUUGGUUACAAAAUAGGCCAUCCACGUGAAACGUGUAGAUCCGAAGAAAAAAGUUAGGAUGGGAUGUCAUAUCAGAGUGAGUGCUUCGUGGGCAGGCUCUGUCAUCUCUCCACGGUACAAACUGGGGGGCUGUGCGCAAUGUGAGAAGUGCUGAAACUGAAAGAUUCACUUUUUAGAAGCGCACAUGCAUAGAAAUUGGUGGAAUUUACCCGAAAGUCUGCUAAAGUGUGACUUUGUCCUCGUUUCUUGGCUGUUUACAUAGUUUUGUUCACACUAGGUUAUUUUUCAAUGUUAGUUUACGUUUGAUGCAACUGCUAGCCAAGAGACCUCGGAGAUUCUCCGCCGUUACCACGGCAAUCUCCCGCUCUUAAAGGGGCAGCUGAAUUUCUAUUUUCAAGUGUGUAUAAUGUACUUGUUAUUCUCUGAAAAGAAGCAAAUGUUCUUGCACUUCACAUGGAUUUUUCUCGCGUUUCCAUGUGUAAAGAUGUUUUUGGGGCCCUCACCAGUUUGCAUCCCUGCUACAAUACCGGGUGUCGCACACACACACACACUCUCUCUCUCACACACACACACACUCACUAACUCCUGUUUGUGUUCAGCCGUACAUAGUGGAGAUCUGUGACAGCCUGCGAGGGAUGAUCUUCCAGAGGUUCAUAGAGAGGUGAGAUUGGGGUGAGGCAGGGGGGAAAGGGGGCGGGGGGGGGGAGGGGAAGGGGAGAAAGGGAAGGUGGUGGAUAAUGCCCAGAAUAAUUUGUUUCUUCAUUAGCUCCAGAUUUAGAAGAAAAGUACUUUAGUAUCCAUUUGUGUCGAAACGGAAAUGAGUUUCUCCACACUCCCACGGUCUAUAGGCCAGUUACUCGUCUACCUCUCCCACCUCUAGGCUAACCACUCUCUCUUUAUCUUCAUCUCUCCUCUUUUUCUCUCUCUCAUCAGUGACAAGUUCACUCGUUUCUGCCAGUGGAAGAAUGUGGAGCUGAACAUCCAUGUGAGUAACAUUGCUGUGUAUUAUUCAGUGUGUGUGUAUGUUACUCCUGUAAGCGUCCUGAUGAAAAACCUUUCCAUGAACCUUCAUUAUAAGCUACAGUCUGAAGUGUAACCUCACCCCCCCCCCCCCCCCCCCUCGCUCUCUCUCUCUCCCUCCCUCUUCAUCUCUCUCGCUCUCUCUCCAGUUGACAAUGAAUGACUUCAGUGUCCAUCGUAUCAUCGGUCGGGGGGGUUUCGGGGAGGUGUACGGCUGCAGGAAGGCUGACACCGGCAAGAUGUGAGUAACGCAGCAACAUAAAUGGGGACAAGGAAAGAUGGAUGUAAAAGUGGAGAAAAUGAACAUCCACCGGACAUUACAUGAGGAGAGGAAAAAAGUACAAGAAGAGAUCAAAUAUCCAACAGUAAGGUCAAAAAACAUGUUCAUGAUUGUGUGUGUGCGUUUGUAUCAGGUAUGCCAUGAAGUGUUUGGAUAAGAAGAGGAUCAAGAUGAAGCAGGGAGAAACUCUGGCUCUGAACGAGAGAAUUAUGCUGUCACUUGUCAGCACAGGGGUACGUUCCGCACACACACACCUUUCCGUCAAGGCUCUGUGUAUACAUAUACAGUAUAGGUAUAUUCAAAUACACAGCGCAAGGGAGUAUCAUUUUCAGAUUGACCUAUGUCUGACACUAUCUAAGCACACACACAAACACGUUUCAGUCCAGAAGCUGUCUGUAUAUACAGUAUACAUGUAUGUUCACAUACACGGUACAGGGGAGUAUCAUUUUCAGAUCUACCGGUCUGACUAUCUUAGCACAGAUGCACUCACACAAAGCUUUAUGUUGAAACUCUGUCUAUAUAUUAACAGUACCAGUCAAAGGUUUGGACACACCUACUCAUUCAAGGAUCUUUCCUUAUUUUAACUAUUUUUUACAUUGUAGAAUAAUAGUGAAGACAUCAAAACUAUGAAAUAACACACAUGGAAUCAUGUAGAACCAAAAAAGUGUUAAACAAAUCAAAAUAUAUUUUAUAUUUGAGAUUCUUCAAAUUUCCACCCUUUGCCUUGAUGACAGCUUUGUACACGCUUGGCAUUCUCUCAACUAGCUUCAUGAGGUAGUCACCUGGAAUGCAUUUCAAUUAACAGGUGUGCCUUGUUAAAAGUUAAUUUGUGGAAUUUCUUUCCUUCUUAAUUAAUGUGUUUGAGCCAAUCAGUUGUGUUGUGACAAGGUAGGGGGGGGGGGUAUACAGAAGAUAGCCCUAUUUGGUAAAAGACCAAGUCCAUAUUAUGGCAAGAGCAGCUCAAAUAAGCAAAGAGAAACGACAGUCCAUCAUUACUUUAAGACAUGAAGGUCCGUCACUAUGGAACAUUUCAAGAACUUUGAAAGUUUCUUCAAGUGCAGCCGCAAAAACCAUCAAGCGCUAUGAUGAAACUGGCUCUCAUGAGGACCGCCACAGGAAUGGAAGACCCAGAGUUACCUCUGCUACAGAGGAUAAAUUAAUUAGUGUUCACCAGCCUCAGAAAUUGCAGCCCAAAUAAAUGCUUCACACAGUUCAAGUCACAGACACAUCUCAACAUCAACUGUUCAGAGGGGACUGUGUGAAUCAGGCCUUCAUGGUCGAAUUUCUACAAAGAAAUCACUACUAAAGGACACCAAUAAGAAGAAGAGACCUGCUUGGGCCAAGAAACAUGAGCAAUGGACAUUAGACCGGUGGAAAUGUGUCCUUUGGUCUGGAGUCCAAAUUGGAGAAUUUUGGUUCCAUCCACCGUGUCUUUGUGAGACGCGGUGUGGGUGAACAGAUGAUCUCCGCAUGUGUAGUUCCCACCUUAAAGCAUGGAGGAGGAGGUGUUAUAGUGUGGGGGUGCUUUGCUGGUGACACUGUCUGUGAUUUAUUUAGAAUUCAAGGCACACUUAACCAGAAUGGCUACCACAGCAUUCAGCAGCGAUGUGCCAUCCCAUCUGGUUUGGGCUUAGUGGGACUAUCAUUUGUUUUUCAACAGGACAAUGACCCAACACACCUCCAGGCUGUGUAAGGGCUAUUUUACCAAGAAGGAGAGUGAUGGAGUGCUGCAUCAGAUGACCUUACCUCCACAAUCCCUCGACCUCAAGCCAAUUGAGAUGUUUUGGGAUGAGUCGGACCGCAGAGUAAAGGAAAAGCAGCCAACAAGUGCUAAGCAUAUGUGGGAACUCCUUCAAGGCUGUUGGAAAAGCAUUCCAGGUGAAGCUGGUUGAGAGAAUGCCAAGAGUGCGCAAAGCUGUCAUCAAGGCAAAGGGUGGCUAUUUGAAAAAUCUCAAAUAUUUUGAUUUGUAUAACACUUUUUUGGUUGCUACAUGAUUCCAUAGUUUUGAUGUCUUCACUAUUAUUCUACAGUGUAGAAAAUAGUAAAAAUAAAGAAAAACCCUUGAAUGAGUAGGUGUGUCCAAACUUUUGACUGGUACUGUAUGUAUGUAUGUAUGAGGGGGGAAAAAGUAUUUGAUCCCCUGCUGAUUUUGUACGUUUGCCCACUGACAAAGAAAUGAUCAGUCUAUAAUUUUAAUGGUAGGUUUAUUUGAACAGUGAGAGACAUAAUAACAACAAAUAAAUCCAGAAAAACGCAUGUCUAAAAUGUUAUAAAUUGAUUCGCAUUUUAAUUAGGGAACUAAGUAUUUUACCCCCUCUCAAUCAGAAACAUUUCUGGCUCCCAGGUGUCUUUUAUACAGGUAACGAGCUGAGAUUAGGAGCACACUCUUAAAGGGAGUGCUCCUAAUCUCAGCUUGUUACCUGUAUAAAAGACACCUGUCCACAGAAGCAAUCAAUCAAUCAGAUUCCAAACUCUCCACCAUGGCCAAGACCAAAGAGCUCUCCAAGGAUGUCAGGGACAAGAUUGUAGACCUACACAAGGCUGGAAUGGGCUACAAGACCAUCGCCAAGCAGCUUGGUGAGAAGGUGACAACAGUUGGUGCGAUUAUUUGCAAAUGGAAGAAACACAAAAUAACUGUCAAUCUCCCUCGGCCUGGGGCUCCAUGCAAGAUCUCACCUCGUGGAGUUGCAAUGAUCAUGAGAACGGUGAAGAAUCAGCCCAGAACUACACGGGAGGAUCUUGUCAAUGAUCUCAAGGCAGCUGGGACCAUAGUCACCAAGAAAACAAUUGGUAACACACUACACCGUGAAGGACUGAAAUCCUGCAGCGCCCGCAAGGUCCCCCUGCUCAAGAAAGCACAUAUACAUGCCCGUCUGAAGUUUGCCAAUGAACAUCUGAAUGAUUCAGAGGAGAACUGGGUGAAAGUGUUGUGGUCAGAUGAGACCAAAAUUGAGCUCUUUGGCAUCAACUCAACUCACUGUGUUUGGAGGAGGAGGAAUGCUGCCUAUGACCCCAAGAACACCAUCCCCACCGUCAAACAUGGAGGUGGAAACAUUAUGCUUUGGGGGUGUUUUUCUGCUAAGGGGACAGGACAACUUCACAGCAUCAAAGGGACGAUGGACGGGGCCAUGUACCGUCAAAUCUUGGGUGAGAACCUCCUUCCCUCAGCCAGUGCAUUGAAAAUGGGUCGUGGAUGGGUAUUCCAGCAUGACAAUGACCCAAAACACACGGCCAAGGCAACAAAAGAGUGGCUCAAGAAGAAGCACAUUAAGGUCCUGGAGUGGCCUAGCCAGUCUCCAGACCUUAAUCCCAUAGAAAAUCUGUGGAGGGAGCUGAAGGUUUGAGUUGCCAAACGUCAGCCUCGAAACCUUAAUGACUUGGAGAAGAUCUGCAAAGAGGAGUGGGACAAAAUCUCUCCUGAGAUGUGUGCAAACCUGGUGGCCAACUACAAGAAACGUCUGACCUCUGUGAUUGCCAACAAGGGUUUUGCCACCAAGUACUAAGUAAUGUUUUGCCGAGGGGUCAAAUACUUAUUUCCCUCAUUAAAAUGCAAAUCAAUUUAUAACAUUUUUGACAUGCGUUUUUCUGGAUUUUUUUGUUGUUAUUCUGUCUCUCACUGUUCAAAUAAACCUACCAUUAAAAUUAUAGACUUAUCAUUUCUUUGUCAGUGGGCAAAUGUACAAAAUCAGCAGGGGAUCAAAUACUUUUUUCCCUCACUGUAUGUAUGCAUAUAUAUGUAUAUUCACAUGCACAGCGCAAACAUUUUCAAAUUGACAUAUGUCUGACAUUUUCUAAGCACAUAAAAAAAAGCAUCUAUUCCCUCUUUCUCUCCCUCCACCCCUCCCUCUCUCUCUCUAGGACUGUCCGUUCAUAGUGUGCAUGACGUAUGCUUUCCACACACCAGACAAACUCUGCUUCAUUCUGGACCUGAUGAACGGUAAGGUUCUUGACCACUUGCCUGCCGGGUUCUGGAAGGUGAAAGGUCACAACUGGUUCUACCAGUCAGCAUGAAGAGUGUCAUUGUAGAGGUCUGUCCCACUGAGCACUCCUCCACUUUGAAAUGAGGAGCCUGUGAAGUACACUCUCACACAGAAUGGGACAGGGCAUCACUGAUGGCUCUCUGCACUCUCUGGCUUGUCCUAUGGUUAAGUAGGCUACAUCUGCAGCUCCAGGCAGUCUCCAAUGGAUUCAGAGUCUGCAAGUGGUAGCACACUGGUCUGGGUUAACAGUCUGUUUUAUCAUUCUACUCCUUGCAACUCCUUGUCAUGCUAAACAUAGCAUAUGACACGAAGUAUCAGGAGUGGGAUGUUAGCUAAACAGACUGGUACCCAGACCCAGUAACACACACACACACAUUGACAAUGGGUCAUAUUUAGACAGCAGUUAACACUCUCACACUUUUCUACUUGGCCCAUCUCAAUUAGAAUACAGCUCUAAACGUUCAGUAGGAGAUCAGUGUGUGUGUGUGUGUGUCUCUGGGGUAAUCUUCCAUGGUUCCUCGUUCGCCCUCCGGAGUAGAUCACCAGGAGUUCAUUUAAUAGAUCAUAUUGAUCAAGUCAUAACUCUUUAUUGGGUCAUGCCGACUGUCACACGCUGAAAGAUGUGUUGGAGGACUGGUAUUAACUGUGUGUGUGUGUGUGUGUAGGAGGGGACCUGCACUACCACCUGUCUCAGCAUGGUGUGUUCAGUGAGAAGGAGAUGCGUUUCUACGCAGCAGAGAUCAUCCUGGGACUAGAACACAUGCACAACCGCUUCGUAGUCUACAGAGACCUCAAGGUAGGACACCAUACUCCAUACCUCCCCUUUAUCACCUCCCCCCGCUCUCCAUCUCUCUUGCUCUUCCUCUCUCUCUCUUCCUCUCUCUCUCUCGCUCUUACGCUCUCUCUUCCUCGCUCUUUCUCACGCUCUUCCUCUCUCUCUCUCUCUCUUAUGUGCUCUCUUAAUGUGUUCCUCUCUGGUGUUGUUGAGUUCUCCUAUUGAUUCCCAUGGAUUGAGUAUUCAGGAGUCACGAGCGGACAUUGACGACACACCCAAUCAAUGAGCACAUUCUAAGAACUGUUAACGGAUACAAAUCAAUAUUUCACAUUUCUAGUUUGGCCUGGUCGCCGUUAGUAACAGUGUUGAGGUAUGGCGUGUGUACAUAAUCAGAUAGCAGCUUUGCAACUAGAGAUAAACACAUCUAUCACACGCACUCUUCUUAGGAAAAAUAUAGCUUAUACAAGCACAGUUUGUUGGUGUGCGCGCGAGUGUGUAUGGGCGCGCGUGUGUUUGUGCUUCUAGAUUUAGUAGCUAGUGUCUGGGCCAAAUGGCUGAAGAUAAGCAGGAUAGAAAGAGAGAUGCAGCGACACUUCCAAUUUAAGUCUUUUCACCAUGUCAGUUGAUCACGUUUCAAACAGAAGUGCUGCUACUCUACUCUAGAUCUGAUGAUAUUGGACUUGUUGGCGUCUCUGAGCUAACUCUCCCUGGCGUUAUUUCAAGGCCUUGUUUUUAUACAAAUAUUUUCUACUUUGUUGUUAGAUGUUAAUAACCUCGCUUUCCCGCUCUCUUCUCUCACUCCCCCUUUCUCUCGCCCCCCCCCCCCCCCAGCCUGCUAACAUCCUAUUGGAUGAGCAUGGUCACGUGCGUAUCUCAGACCUGGGUCUGGCCUGUGACUUCUCCAAGAAGAAACCUCACGCCAGCGUGUAAGUACCGUACCCUGUGUGUUUGUGUGGCAUUACUGCAGUGUGUGUUACUAACAAAGUGUUCUGGUAUAUUGCAGUGGUACCCAUGGGUACAUGGCCCCGGAGGUGCUUCAGAAGGGUACGGCGUACGACAGUAGCGCUGACUGGUUCUCACUGGGCUGCAUGCUCUUCAAACUGCUCCGAGGGUAAGAACACACGCACUCUUCUUUUCAUCCCCACCUCUAUUCCUUCAUCAAUCGUUUGAUCCUUUCAUUACUACUGCAUCCCCUCUAUCAUUCUUUCUAUCCUUGGCGCUCACCAUCCACUACAACAGGUUACUCACUCACAGUACCUGUAGACUUCCAGUCUUUGCGCUAGUUAACAUUGGCUCGCAAAACUACCGCUAACUUCCUUCAUGCUGCACGCAGAGACACAGUAAUGGUAUCCACGAGUUCAUCUGACUCUGGGUAAGUAGAACAAUAAAUGCCAGAAUCGUCUAGUAUCCCUUUAAUUCCUCCAUCUCUCUCACCAGGGUUCAGACGACUGCUUCCCCUCAUCUCUCAAACUCUCUCUCUCCAUUGAUCGCUCUUCCCCUUUGAUCCCUCCUUUUUCCAGCCUCGAUUGUCUCUCUCUAUUCUCUCUCUCUGUCUGUCACUGUCUCUCUCUAUUUUCUCUUGCUGUUUCUCUUCUCUCCCCCACUCUCUGUUAUCUGUUACCCCUUUUUGCCUUUUCUGUGUCUGUCCCUCUCACCCACUCCCUAUCAAUUUUUCUCUGUCGUGUGUGUGUUUGAUGUGGUGUGUGUGUGUGUGACAGUGUGUUUCAUGUGUAGUGUGUAAAUGCCAGAGGUCUGGGCCCAGUACAUCUGAGGGGUGUGGGGGGUGGUAACGGUUGCUAGGUAUGGGUGUGAAGUGCAUGGGAGGGAGGCUGAACUGUCGUUCCAUUGAUGUGUGUGUCUGUGUUUGAACACUUCAAAGUCGACAGAGAGGUGGGGGGGGUCAGAGAGGGAAAGAGGAAGGGUCAAAGAGAGGAGGAGACCGAGGGGCAGAGAGAGAGAGAAUGAUGCAAGUGUGAUCUGCUUUUUCAACGUUGCAGGUGGAUCUGCUGAGGACUAGGUUGCCACAGUGUGACAUCACUCAUAUUACAUCUAUCUCUCUUUCACUGUAUUCCUCACUCCUUCCCUUCUUUCAGCUCCGUCCUCUCUACAGUAACACUAACAGCUUCUCUUUCUCUCUCCAUCUCUCUCUAGGCACAGUCCCUUCAGACAGCACAAGACCAAAGACAAACACGAGAUUGACCGCAUGACGCUCACUAUGGUAAGGCCACCUUAUACACACACACACUAUAAGAUAUAUUUUUGUACACUACAGUGCACACACAUUGAGAAGUUUUAAUGUACACUAAAACACACUGACAUGUCUUAUGUGCACACGACAUGUGGUUAGUCCAUGUUGACACAACACACACAUAUAUAUAUAUAUAUAUAUAUAUAUAUAUAUAUAUAUAAGGUUUUAUCCUUAAAUACACUGAAACACUAGCGUGUGCGCACACAACAUUAUUACAUAUCCUGGGGAGAUCAUCUUCACAGAUGUUGCCCAAAACUCCUGCCAAGUCUUUGUCUGAUAAUGCUCAGUGAAUGAGUGAGAGGCAAGGGAGAGAGAGAGUGGGGGGGGCAGAAAAGAGAGCGAAGAGGUUCUGGCAGGAAAGCAAGGGUAUUUGCAUCCUAACUUUGCAUCCCUCGCCCUGCCUGCUGCCAAUAGCAUCAGAUUACACCACAGAGGGAGAGAGAGAGAGCGAGAGAGAGAGAGUGGGUCUCCUAGCAUAGACUACGAGGGGAGGUCCAGACCAGGGCUGCCCAACCCUCUUGGGAAGCUACGCUCCUGCAGGGUUUUGUUGCAGCUGCUCUUCAGGACCAUGAUUAGCUGAAUCGGGUGUUAGAGCAGGGCUGGCGCAAAAACCUGCACAUUCAGUAACUCUCCUGGAGGAGGGUUGGUCAGCCUUGGUCGUGACCAGAAUAUGCCUACUAUUAGACCACAAGAUAAUGUGGUGUCAGAGCAGAGGAAACACACACACACAACCCCUCUGUAAGGAGCGAGCUAAACAAGGACAGUAUCUUCAAUUGUGAUCACAUUCGGAUUAGGAUUUAAUCCAACCACUUGAUCGGAGUAAACCAUGUAAUCCCUGUCUCUCCCCCUCUCUCUCUGUCCUCAAUAAGUCAGUCAGUUAUGUUAAUGAAAUCUGAUGAAUGGUUUUAUUAGAUAAGAACGAGGGGGAGAAUUAUGGCAGAGGAGAGAGAGGGGGAAGGGGGUGGAGGAAGGAGGGGAUAUGCUAUGGAACAAACACAGAAUUAUAGAUCACACAAUUAUAGAUCACCUCUAUAUUUUCAAUGCAUAUUAGAUACACUUUAUUGGCAUGAUAAAUCAAGUUAGUGUCUUGUGUUGUUAUAGAGGAAAUUGUACUACUCUCUCCCUGGCUUUCCUCCAUCUCCAUCACCCCCUCACUCUCCUCUCUCUCUCCUUCUAGAAUGUGGAGUUGCCAGACUCGUUCUCUGUGGAGUUGAAGGGUCUAUUGGAGGGUCUGCUGCAGAGAGACGUGGCCAAGAGACUGGGCUGCUUGGGACGAGGGUACACACUCACAUCUGCUACUCCUUCCAUUGUUUUUCACUCGUUGAUGUUAAUGUUAGGUCUUAGCUGAGUAAAGACAUUUUAACCUUGGACUUCAGACUCAUUGACAGUAUUUAUGUGCUGGGAGAGCCAUUGUUUUCCAAUGCAACAUUAUAGUUAAAACAUGAGUUACUUGAUUCAAUCUUUCCAUCACUUCUCUGUGGCGGGUAUAACACCUAGUGUGAAUACUAUGAAAGGAUUUUGUAAGGGUCCAUAAACUAGUUUGUAGAGCUCAGUUCCAUUAGGAGUUUGGUUCGCUGUGGUAAAUACUGCCACCUGCUGUUUAGAUGAGGAACUGUUCCAACAUGAGAAUGACCUGGCUUUUUCUCUCUCUCCCCCCUCUCUCUCUCCAUCUACACACACACACACACACACACAGCGCCCCAGAGGUGAAGGAGCAUCUGUUCUUCAAAGGCAUCGACUGGCAGCAAGUGUAUCUUCAGAAGGUAAGCCUUAGAGUUUGUGUGAUGAAUCAGGAGAACAGGUUUGUUAUAAAGCCUGCCAGUCUGGACAUUCGUCCCCUGCUCUCUCUCUCUCUCUCUCUCUCUCUCUCUCUCUCUCUCUCUCUCUCUCUGUCUCUGUCUCUGUCUCUGUCUCUGUCUCUGUCUCUCUCUCUCUCUGUCUCUCAUGCUCGAUAUGUUGCCAUGGUUACUCUGCUAAAGGAAUCUUGUUGUUUUGUUUACUUACCCUCUUCUUUUCUCUUCCUUUUAUACUUCUCCUUCCUGUCCUCUCUCUCGCUCUCUCCUCCUCUCUCUCUCCUCCAGUAUUCUCCCCCUCUCAUCCCUCCAAGGGGAGAGGUAAAUGCAGCAGAUGCAUUUGACAUUGGCUCCUUUGACGAAGAGGACACCAAGGGUAUCAAGGUAACACACACACACACACACACAGCCCUUAUCUCAUGAAACCACCAAGGGUAUCAACGGAAAAUACAUAGCAUUAUAUAAAAGCUAAACCUAUAAUCCGGAUUUACACACUCCUACAUCCUAUUGCUGAUGUACACACACACCGAACACACACACACAGGAGGCUGAGGUGUAACGUGGCUCCAUCGGUGUUCAGUAUUGACACUGUCAGCAAGCAGAGCGGCCCACAGAGAAAGUCCUUCCAACAGAGUUUUAACAUUACACAACAGUACCGGGGACUUUGGGCGCGUUCCAGGUUGCCUUAAUUACAGUCAUGCUGCCCAGCUUAGCAGAUCUCACAGCGACUGGUGACGUGGUUAACAUCUGAGGAAUCACUUCACUUAACCUUACACAUCAUACCUGCGUCACUGACUUUUGUUUUGUUUCUCUCUCUCUGCCCCUUUCUCCUUCUCUCUCUCCCUCUCUCUCUCCCCCUCCUUCUCUCCCUCUCCCCAUUCCCCCUGUCUAUCUCGUAGCCUCCCCCAUUCUCUCUCUCUAUCUGCUCUCCUCUCUCUCUCUCUCUCUUCUCUCUCUCUCUCUCUCUCUCUCUCUCUCUCUCUGUGUCCCUCUAGUUGUUGGACAGUGACCAGGAAUUGUACAAGAACUUCCCCCUGGUCAUCUCAGAGCGCUGGCAGCAGGAGGUGGCUGAGACUGUGUACGAGGCCGUCAACUCUGACACAGACAAGAACGAGGCCCGCAAGAGGGCCAAGAACAAACAGCUGGGCCAUGAAGAGGGUAAGGCUGAGGGAGAUGCAUAUACAUGAUCACAUGCAUAACACACAUCACACUAGGGCUGCACGAUAUGGACAAAUAUCCAAAUGCAAUAUUUUUACUGAAUAACUAAACACUUAUGUGUGUGUGUUUUUUAGACUACGCCCUGGGGAAGGACUGUAUAAUGCACGGCUACAUGUUGAAGCUGGGUAACCCGUUCCUGACGCAGUGGCAGCGUAGAUACUUCUACCUGUUCCCCAACCGAGUGGAGUGGAGGGGAGAGGGAGAGUCACGGGUGAGCCACACACCUCUACCUCACACCGUCCUCUAGAAGUGGGUGUCGGUCCGAGUUUACGUGCGUGUAUUUCAGUUUGUGUGCUUCUGUUCUUCACGGAUGUGGUUCUCUGGGUGUGUUUUUUUCUUCCUGUGCGUUUCCACUUACAAGCGUGUGUGUGUCCAUGGAUGUGUGUGUGAGACCGUGUGUGUUCUUCGUCAUUGCCCAUCUGUCUAGUGCAUGAAGGUUGUCCGUCUGUCCUCGCUCCGUUCUGUAGGCCUGGAUGAAAACAUUAAAACAUACAGUAAAAAACCCAAAGGUACGCCUGACAGCUGCUGGCCCACCACCUUCUCCUCUCCUGCAGUGGCACAGUAGAUGGAUUGGAACGUGUCCUCCGUUCUAAAGCUUUGCUUCCAGACAGCCUUAGUUUAGAGAAGCAUCCUCGCUCUCUAGCGCCGUUUUGAUUGGUCCGUCUCAUUCUCCGCUUGUGAUUGGUUCCCCACCUCCCGGACGUGUUUCUGAUUGGUUUGUGUGUGUGUGUGUUCCGCAGCAAAACCUGCUGACGAUGGAGCAGAUCGUGACGGUGGAGGAGACACAGAUAAAAGAUAAGAAGUGCAUCCUGCUGCGCAUCAAAGGAGGGAAACAGUUUGUCCUGCAGUGUGAGGUACGUACGACAACCUCGAUAACUCUCUAGCGUUACUCUCUUCAUCCCCUCCCUUCCCUUCUCGCGCUUUCUGUUUGUGGCUCUCUCUCGCUCUGUCUCUUAGGGUUGCAAAAUUCUGUUAACUUUCCCAAAAUUCCCAAGUGUUCCAGAAAUCCUGGAUGGAGAAUUCCAGAUUUCCUGCUCAUUGCCUCCCAAUACCAGGGAUUUUCCAACCAGGAUUUCAGAAAAACCUGGGAAUUUUGGGAAAGCAAUUGUAAUUUUGCAACCCUUUUUUAAACGUAUUAUAAAUUAUUCUAUUGUAAGUUAGUAAAUGGAAGGUGUGUAUGUGUAAUAAUAUGUUAGGCCCCAUGUAGCUCAGUUGGUAGAGCAUGGUGUUUGCAACGCUAGGGUUGUGGGUUCGAUUCCCACGGGGGGCCAGUAUGAAAAAUGUAUGCACUCACUAACUGUAAGUCGCUCUGGAUAAGAGCGUCAGCUAAAUGACUAAAAUGUAAAAAAUUAUCUCUGUCUCUCUGCAGAGUGACCCAGAGUUUGUCCAGUGGAAGAAAGAGCUGACCGAGGCGUUUACUGAGGCCCAGAAGCUGCUGCGUCGCGCCCCUAAGGUCAUCGGGAAGGGUCGGGCUGGGGUGGUGGAGUUCUCCAAACCUCCUCUCACACACCGCAACAGCAACGGCCUGUAGGCCGCACACACCCACACACACACCGCCUCUUACAACCACAUCCCCUAUGACCCCACCCACCACAGUCCCCCAGCCCUAGACACACACACUCACACACACAUUCAAUAAAGCCCCACACUCUCACCCUGGAGUGUGUAUGGACCAAGCCUGCCAGCUUCUCUCCUCUGUUGUCACACACACACACACACACACACACACACCGAAAGUCACAACGUAUCAUCGGACCAUGCAUUGAAGAAGAAAAUAGGAAAGUGGGAACCAGUGCAUGUAUCUAAAGAAGACCAGAGCGUUUUCUCCCCUCCCUCUCCGGCUAGACCCUUCAGAAUGAUGCCACGCACCCCUCUUCCUCUCGCCCCAAUGGACUAUCAUUCCACACAGCUAACCUCACACACACACACACACACACCAACUGAACCUGGCAGAGCAGCAAAAACCAGUCCCGAGUAGGGGAGUGAAGACUAGGGCACCUGCCCCCGCCUCUCCUCCUCUUCUCUUCUCUCCACCCAUCCCUCCCUCCAUCCCUCAUUCCCCCAGCCUCGUCUUGAGACUGGACCUGAGCCACACAUAACUGCCGGCCACUCUCCACAGGAUUGGCUGACUGUAGUGGAGGGGCGGGACUUAAAGCAGGUGAUGAGUAUCUGGAUCAAUGGCACCGCUUGGAGAGAGGGGCUGGACCAAUAACAUUCCACUCCUGUGAGCUCAUACAGAGGGGAAAGGAGGAGGAAAGGAGAGACUAAGCGGAGGAGAGAAAAACAGAAAGAUGAUGGGAGGAGGACAGAAGCAGAGACCUGCUGGGACAUACCAAGAGAAUGGCAAUGA